AUGGCGGAAAAUAGAGUUCAAGAAGAAUAUCCAGACCAUCUACAAAAAUUAAUAAAUGAGCAGGGGCAUCUUUUGGAUAAAGAUGGAGUCAACAUAUUGACAGAACAAGAAAGUUCUGUAGAACAAGAAAAAAUUUUGGUUAUUGAACCAAGACCUAAAUCAGCAAGUACCAGUGUUGGAAAGAUAUGUACAGACCAAGAAGUACCAUCAACAAGCAAGGCUGCAGAUGAAGAAAAUGAAAAAUAUAUCUGGGAUGACUGCAGCAUCAAGAGGCUCAUCGAGUAUAGAAAAGAGCAUUCCAACAAAUUUGAGGAGGGUAGAUUAACUAAGAAGGCAGUGUGGGAAAUCAUUGCUAUAAAGUUUAAUGCUACAAGCGAUGAACAAGCUAAAACUGUCACUUGGAUUCAACUGAAAUCCAAGUGGCAGAAGCUUGAAUCAAAGUUCAAACAGGUUGAAGAUAAAAAUCGAAAGAGUGGAGAAGGAACUCAUAACUUCAAAUACAUGGAGGAAAUGGAAGAAGCUGUUGGGGACAACCCCAACAUCCGUCCAGCUAAGACCAUUUCCUCCAUGGAUUUGAGUGUUGAAAAAGACAAAGUGCAAAAAGAGGGAAAAGGGAAGCAACCCCGUAAGAGAAAAGCUAAUGAUCUAACAGAAUCUUUGGGGGAAAUGAAGAGGGAGAGAGAGGAUAGGUAUGAGAGGUUUGAGAGUAUGGUAAAGGAGAUAAAUAAAGAGAGAUGUGACUUAAUGAGAGAGUUUAUAAAUGUGUUUAAGAAUAGUUGCAAUAAAUGAGAAACCAAGGAUUUUUUCAACAUUUAAUCCAAUAAAACUU